GCACCUCCGAAGAAAACCGUCACAAUGAUUCAUUUAACUGGCCAAAAUUACUCCUCGAAGGAGAUACUGCAGAAUAUUUUCUCGCCGAUGGUCGGUGCCAUCGUUUCGCAGCAGGCGGAGGAAUUGUGUCAGAAGAAUAAUCUCUCCUUUGUCGAAAUGUUACAACCGUUCCUAAAGCUUUCCUCCGAUGCUCAUUUUCGCGAUGUUGCUGGCACGAGCGUUUCUAUCAAGGGGCUACGCAUCAACGUGGUGGACGUUAACUGGCGCCCACCGCAAACGAUACUGGCCAAAAAGAUGUUGAAUGAAGCAGUAACGUCCGCCGUUGGGGAGAAGAUGAAACCGAUCAAGCUGGACGAUGGCACGUUCGUGGAUAUACCGGCCGCGGAACCUUGGUUCGAACAGUGGCGCGAAACGUUUCUAACGGUUCAGUUUCCGGCAGAUCACGAGUUCACGCGCCACUUGCUAUGCUCACUGAUCGUAGUGUCUAGCAUUGAUCCGAACCCGAUCGAGACGGCAAACCAGUUGACGAAGAAAAUACAGAUGAUGCAAAGCAUCACGCCUCCCCGGCUGCCGAAGUGGUUUUCCACUGAUGCGCUGAACUGUUACGUUAUGCUGCACGAUGGAUGCUCGGGAGAUAUCGGAAAGGCACAACAAGCUUUCGAUGGGCUCAAGUCGUCAUACGGGGAACAUAAAUGCUUCCUGCUCCAAAUAAAUUCGCACAGUGGUGCGCCCGCGGAUUGUCCCGACCCUUGGCUACGCUAUCUGAAGAAACACCAGCGCUCGGAGGGAGCCACCACGAGCGACAUCGACAGUGCACCGAAGACACCACAGGAUAUGGGCUCGGUGACGGGUAUGCCAUCGACCGUGGUGCAGUCGUCAAAUUUGUUGGCCUCGCACGGUGGUGGUAGUGGUAGCAGUAGCACCUUGGACACACCACCAUCCUCACAAGCCGGCGUUGUCCUGGGCGAAGUGAUUGCACAUCCGCUUAGUCCGGUGCAGGAAACGGGCAUUGAGAUACAGGAAACGUCGAGCCUAACGUCAAGCAUCGAUAGUCUGUCGCUGCAGACGAUCAAUCCGAACGUGUGGCCCAUCGAGAGCGAUAUCGAGGUGGCGCACGGGUCAUUCCUUACGGCCAGUGAUUUGGAUAACUUGAAGCACUUUGUGCAAGAUUUUGCCGUGCGUGCAUUGAUUCCGUUUGUCGAGCGGUUGGUGGGAACUCUGAAUGACUCUAUAUCGAACAAAAAAGGAGUCAGUCGAUCGCUGCUGAGCGCCACCAAGCGCUGGUUCGUGACGAACAAACCGGGUGUAAACACGAACCAAAAUGCCGUGGUGUACACGAACGAAUCAACCGAGCUGCAGACGCGAAAGCUCGGCGAUCUUUACUUCAUGUUUGGCCACUACGCACUUGCCUUCCAGGCGUAUCAUCAAGCGAAGCGGGACUUUAACGCGGACUCCGCCUGGCAGUACUACGCCGGUGCCCUGGAGAUGGCCGCCCUGGCUGCGCACAUGCAAGGCACGGCCAACCGUAAAACGUACGACUACAUGGAGGAAGCUAUUUUGACCUACCUGAAUAGCUGCAAGUUGCCACAGUUUGCUACCCGCGCUACCCUCCUCUCGAUGGAGUGCCUACGGGCGGCGAAGCUAUACAGCGAGGCGGCCAAGCAGUUGAUUCGCAUGACGAGCGAAGACUCGGACCUCCGGUCGGCACUCUUGCUCGAGCAGGCGUCCUAUUGUUUCCUACUGGCCAACCCACCGCAGUAUCGCAAGUAUGCGCUACACUGUGUCCUCGCCGGACAUCGGUUCUCGAAGGUCGGCCAGAGGAAGCACUCUUUCCGCACGUACAAACAGGCGUAUCAGGUCUUCGAUCGACGUGGCUGGAGCCUGGCGGAGGAUCAUAUUCAGUACACGAUCGGUCGGCAGGCGUCAAAUCUGAAGAAGUUGGAUGAGGCGGGCGCAUGCCUGGCGCAUUUGUUGCGCCCGUCGAGCAUGCAAACGGCCGCUCAGCAAACCCUUUUCCUUCGCGAGUAUCUCAGCACCAAGCGAGCGCUCCAUGCGAAGGGAAGUGACGGAGCUAGCGACAUUCCCUCAAUUGCGCUCCCGAAGAUUGUGCAGACGAUGACGAAGGUUUUGGUGACCUCACCCCCGCCCGUCUCGAAUCCUUUGCACGUAGCUGCGACAAACAUCAGUAUCACGUCCACACAAACUGGUGAACACAUUUGGAACAAGAUGGAGGAGAUGCUGGUGCAGACGGCCUCCGAGCGGCCAGUGAUGGUGUUCCGCCCAUCCAGAUCCUUGUUCUCCGUCGAAGCACCAGCCACCGAGAACCCUCGCUCGGUGCACGGAGAACCGAUCGAGGUAGCGUUCAACCUGGAGAACACGAUCAAGCCGGCGGUACUGUUUGAGAACAUCAACCUGCUGUGGGAGUUCCGUAAGGAGGCGACGGGAGAAAUCUUCACCAAUCGAUCCCUGUUUUUGGGCGAACUGAACCUGGAGGAGCGGUCCGAGAUCGAGAAUGUCGUCGCCACGAGCUUCGUCGGGCUGGUCGCUUUCGGCGAGCAUGAAACGAAAACGCUGGUGCUGAAGCUAACACCGCGCUGUACCGGACAGCUGCGCAUUCUGGGCAUCGUUGGGAAGCUUUCGGCCGCACAGCCGACGUCGGGUGGCGCGCCGGGUGACGUACCCUCCCUGUGGGGCAAACAGUUGUUCGAAGCGCAACCGAUCCGCGUUGCAAGCGCCAAAGACGGUUCGAAGGUGUUGCCGGUGGCACCGCAGCUGUUUGAUCGUAAGCUCGAGAUCGAAAUUCUUCCCCCCGCACCGGCACUACAUGUUAGCUUCAGUCGGGCACCGGCGGAGGUGCUGGCCGGAGAGGUGAUUCCGUUGAAGAUCAACAUGACAAAUGCGGGCGUCAGUGCCCUACGGGACAUUUACGUGUGUAUCGAUAAUCCCCGGUUCGUGCUGUUGAAUCCGAGCGAGGGUGACAUACCGCUAUCGAUCAGGCGCGAUAUGGCGGACCUGGCGAUCGAAAGCGUGGGCCGUGAUCGUGAGGCACGUAAACAGUACGUGUGCCGGGCAUUCCGUGAAGCGGAUGGUAACUUCAUCGCGCCGAAUGAGACGAAGACCGCCACCCUUUGGCUGCAGGCACCCUACACCAAGGGACAGAAGGAUAUAAGGAUGAUGAUUUACUACGCCAUGCCGCAGGAUUAUCCGAAGUUAAAGCAUCGGCUUGUACGGCAUACGUGGAAUUUCAACGUAAACGAUUCGCUGCUUGUGGACGCCAACUGUAACAUCAGCCAUCCGGUGAAGCGUGAGCUUGGAGUUGAUGUGAACGUAAGAAAUCUGAACCAGGUGCAUCAUCCGCUCAUGACAGAAAUCACCGUCAACGAUCUGUUCUUGUACUGUUCCACGUAUGAAUUAUGCAAGAAAAAAGUGGUUUAUAUUAAAACGCCCGGUCACACAAAGCUGCAAUCUGGUGCCGGUUUGCGCACGAACGACACGCUCAGCUUGCGCUGCAAUCUACAAAAACGCCCGCUGGACGUGGCGUUCGAUGGAAACUUUCAGCGUUACGUAGAGCAAAAGCUGUCCUCCAUUUCGGUCCGUGAAUCGGAUGCGGAAGCGAACGCUACCCUGCCACCGCUCGAUGCGGUCGGCAGUUUUCUGAUCAAGCACGAGACGAAAUACAUACGCGUGUACGAACCGAGCAGCAACGAGGAGUUCAAUCAGAUGUUGAAUCAGCGCGAUCGGCACAUGACGCUGUGCGUGAACUGGUCGGCUACGAUCAACGAUAAUGGAGCAACGCGGAAGGCGUACGGGCAGCAUAUGGUGCAGCUGCGAAAUCUGUACGAUUCUGUAUUUUGUCCACCUUCUGAACGCCUGCAACAGAUCACGUUCAGUGGCCAGUCGGAUCUGCACGGAAUUUUCGCCGAUUUGGAGAAGGUAUUUCCAGCGGAAAACAAUGAUAUCGAUAGUGGAUGGGGUACAAAUACUAGCUACGUGGCGCAGAGAUGUUUCCUGGAGGAAGGCUUCCAGUCUGUUGAACUAAGAGCAUAAGAACACCCGCACUUAUCCACGUAUUCCAGAGUUUCGCUACAAUAAUAUCUGUUUUUCAUUGAUAUAGCUUGGCGGCGAAUAAUAUUUAAGAUAGUCAAUAAAUCAUUUUAACUAAAGUUUGUGGUACUAAA